GAAUCCACUCGCUUGAGAAUCCACUCGCUUGGCUCUCAACCUAUGGAGACGGCGAUGGUGGAAGACACCGCAGCGUUCGAGGACGAUCAGAUCUCGUCCAUGACCACGGAAGACAUUGUUAGGGCCUCUCGCCUCCUCGAUAACGAGAUCCGCAUCCUCAAGGAUGAGAUGCAGAGGACGAAUCUCGAACUCGAGUCCUUCAAGGAAAAAAUCAAGGAGAAUCAAGAGAAAAUUAAGCUCAACAAGCAGUUGCCUUACCUCGUCGGCAACAUUGUUGAGAUUUUGGAGAUGAAUCCAGAAGAAGAGGCGGAGGAAGAUGGUGCAAACAUUGAUCUUGAUUCUCAAAGAAAGGGCAAAUGUGUUGUAUUAAAAACUUCCACCCGACAAACAAUUUUUCUCCCUGUUAUUGGGUUAGUUGAUCCUGAUAAGCUAAAACCUGGUGAUCUUGUUGGGGUGAACAAAGAUAGUUACUUGAUCUUGGACACUCUUCCUUCAGAAUAUGACUCACGAGUGAAGGCAAUGGAAGUCGAUGAAAAGCCUACAGAAGAUUAUAAUGAUAUAGGAGGUCUUGAGAAACAGAUCCAAGAACUUGUUGAAGCUAUUGUUCUGCCAAUGACUCACAAGGACCGUUUCCAGAAACUAGGAAUUCGUCCUCCUAAAGGAGUGCUUCUUUAUGGACCACCUGGAACUGGUAAGACAUUGAUGGCGCGUGCAUGUGCCGCACAAACAAAUGCAACUUUCUUGAAAUUGGCAGGGCCUCAACUGGUUCAGAUGUUUAUUGGUGAUGGAGCUAAACUUGUUCGAGAUGCUUUCCAGCUAGCAAAAGAGAAAGCUCCAUGUAUCAUUUUUAUUGAUGAGAUAGAUGCUAUAGGAACCAAACGUUUUGACAGUGAAGUAAGUGGAGACAGGGAAGUGCAACGGACUAUGCUGGAAUUGCUAAAUCAGCUUGAUGGUUUUAGCAGUGAUGAGCGUAUAAAGGUGAUUGCAGCAACUAAUCGUGCUGACAUUCUUGAUCCUGCUCUCAUGCGUUCUGGACGUCUAGACCGUAAGAUAGAGUUCCCUCAUCCAACUGAAGAGGCAAGAGCACGAAUAUUGCAGAUCCAUUCAAGGAAGAUGAAUGUCCACCCUGAUGUGAACUUUGAAGAGCUGGCAAGGUCAACAGAUGAUUUUAAUGGAGCACAACUUAAAGCAGUUUGUGUUGAAGCCGGCAUGCUUGCCUUGCGUCGGGAUGCAACUGAGGUGACGCACGAAGAUUUCAAUGAAGGGGUCAUUCAAGUUCAAGCGAAGAAGAAAACCAGUUUAAAUUACUAUGCUUAGUGCCAGGCAGCUAUUGCUUUGUUGUUUUAGUCGUGCUAUUUUUCUCAGAUCCUGUGUUGCAUAACCUGCCGGAAUUAAGAUUAGGGAUUACUUAGACUUGUUAAGAUAACUAUUUUGAUUUUUCUUUUUUAAUCUUCAGCAUCGAAGUCUACCAAAUUUCGUUCGAUUUUGUUGUCAAUGUUAUAACAAAAGUGCAUAUAGCUGCAACCUUUUUUAAUUUUGGAACUUAGCUAAACACAUUCAUUUAUUAAAUUUUGUGGGAUUAGUUAUGCUUUACUUGUUA